AUCAGCGGUAGACAUUGCGCAUGCGUUCUCCAAUCUGUCACGACUCAUGCGCCAUAACGAUAAGUUUACUGUCAGCAUUGGUAGCUCCGCCCACUUUUAAGUCACCUAGUGACUGAAUGUGGAGGUGGGGCUGCGGGCGUUCAUUGAUUGUCGGAGAACAUUGAUUACCCGGAAGUAGUUGCAGUAAGAAGCACGUGGGUGCCGGUACCGGAGAAUGAAGCUGUUGACGCAUAAUAUGCUACGAAGUCACGUGAGCGGCGUGACCCGGGGUUUCCCGCUCAUCAUCCGGGCAGAAGAGGUGAAGGUUAACUCAGUGGACUUCAACCGAGAAUUUGUGGCUCGUAUGAUUCCUAAGCUGGAAUGGGAGGCCCUGGUGCAGUCUGCAGAGAGCCUGGGGCACGGCUCAGGCCUACCACGUGAGCUUGUAUCUGGGUAUGACGAUGAUGAGGAGUUCUUGAAGAAAGUUCACCAUGUACUAUUGGAGGUUGAAGUUAUUGAAGGUGCCUUAAAGUGUCCAGAGUCUGGCACAGAAUUUCCUAUUAGCCGAGGAAUUCCCAACAUGCUCAUAAAUGAGGAGGAGUCCUAACUAUCCAUUCUGUCCCCUGCCCUGUAAAUAUUUCAUGUACCACCAUUUGUUUUGUUUCGUUACCAAUAAAAGCUUUUUGUUGUUGGACGUC